AUGGCUUUGCAGAGUCCAUUGCCCCCUGCUGUUGUACAGCAGUGCUGCCUGCUGGUGGACGAGCACCCACAUGGUCUGGAUCACACUGUGGACACUGGGAUCAACCAUCUCCUCUCUGACGGCCGCCCCGGGGAUUGUCAGGCGGACCCUUCAGAAAGCGUGAAGUUGAGGCUGGUGAACGGGGGCAGUCCAUGCGCCGGGAGAGUGGAGGUUCACUACAAGGGGAACUGGGGGACUGUGUAUGAUCAAGGCUGGGACCUGCAGAACGCGGCGGUGGUGUGUCGGGAGCUGGGCUGCGGCGCCGCGGUGAAGGCCCCGGGCGGAUCUCACUUUGGACCGUGGUCCGGACCCGUUGUGACGUGGAAUGUUGAGUGCAGCGGGAGCGAGGCCGCUCUGCGGGAGUGUAAAUCACGGCCAUGGGGGGACACUGGCGAUCCACACUCCCGGGAUGCCGGCGUUAUCUGCGAAGAUCACAGAGGGCCAAGAUUGGUAUCCAAAGAUGAUCAGUGCUCGGGAAGACUGGAAGUGCAGUAUGGUGAAAUCUGGGGAACCGUGUGUGACCUGGCCUGGGAUAUGGAUGAUGCCAGUGUGGUGUGCAGUCAGUUUCAUUGUGGAGUCGCCGUGUCUGUUCCGAGAGGGGCUUAUUUUGGAAAGGGAACUGGCCUUGUACGGAGCGAUGUAUUUGAAUGUAAGGGUAAUGAGACAAGCCUGUGGGACUGUCCGCGUUCUUUAGGAACUCUUCAUUGCAACCACACGAGCGAUGUCAGUGUGAUCUGUUCUGGGAACCAUGGCCCACGACUGGUGGGUGGGAAGGAUAGAUGCUCUGGCCGGGUGGAAGUUCUACACGGAGACGAGUGGGGGACAGUUUGCGAUCAGUACUUUAGCUUGCUUGAUGCCGGCGUGGUCUGUGAACACCUACAGUGCGGUGCAGUGGCCGCAACUCCCGGAGUUACUCACUUUGGCCGAGGAUCCGGCCCCGUGUGGAAGGAGAACUACCACUGUCAGGGGAACGAGUCCCGAUUAGUUGAUUGUCCAGUCUUACCCAGGGAUCAGAUGAGUUGUUCACACGGAAACGACGUCGGUCUCAUCUGCUCAGAUGAAAUUUGGUCUCUGAGAUUGAGCAAUGGGGGCAGCCGCUGCGACGGCCGAGUGGAGGUUUACAACAAUGGUAGAUGGGGGAGAGUGCAGGAUAGCGCCUGGAACAUCAAUGAUUCCAACGUGGUCUGCAGAGAGUUGGACUGCGGCUCCGCCAUAUUCGCCUACAACUCCUCAAGGUACGGAGAGAGUGAGCUGCCCGUGUGGGUGAACAACUUUCAGUGUGAAGGAAACGAGUCGCAGCUCCGAUAUUGCAGCACAUUUACGCUGAAUCAGACAUCCAACGACAGCAUCGGUGUUGGAGUCCUGUGCUCAGACCAUCUCCAAUUACGGCUGUCUGGGGGUGGAAGUACAUGUGCUGGACUAGUGGAGAUUUAUUACAAUGGGUCUUGGGGCACAGUUUGUGAUGACUCCUGGGAUCUGGACGACGCUAACGUGGUCUGCGGGCAGCUAGGUUGCGGAUAUGCUGUGGAAGAUAAAAUUCCGGGAUACUGUGGACGAAGUAAUGGCCAAAUUUGGUUGGAUGAAGUAAGAUGCUCGGGUAACGAAUCAUACCUCUGGAACUGUCCCUCCGCACCGUGGGGUCGGCACGAUUGCAGUCAUAAGGAAGAUGUGACAGUGAAGUGUUCUGAACACAAAGAGAUGCGCCUGGUGAACGGAGGCCGGCGGUGUAAAGGGAGAGUGGAAGUGUGGUACAACGGGACAUGGGGAACAGUGUGCACCGAGAAACUCUCUAGAGUGGAGGCGGAAGUGAUCUGUAAACAAUUAGAAUGUGGACCCCUCGAAUAUAUUGAAUAUGACGCCAGGAAAUAUGGACAAGGUUCUGGGCCCAUAUGGAUCGAUGAGAUGAAAUGUAGCUCGCACGAGUCAGCCCUUUGGCAGUGCCAGUUUGACCCUUGGGGGCAACACAACUGUAACCACAGGGAGGAUGCAGGCGUUUCAUGUAAAGGUAACACAGGAAAGUCAGCAUACGAUGGCAGAUUAAACACGCGCGUAAAUCCGUCAACAUUUCACUGUUCUCAACAGAUGCUGAAAUGCCGGAGACAACCCGCGGGAAAGACUGCGACGGAGGAAAUGAAUCUAAAUCUCGCCGUUUACCAGAUCUACAACUGCGGGUUGAUGGCGGCAGCAACAAUUGCUCCGGAAGGGUUCAAAUAUUAUUCAAUAACAGCUGGGGAACGGUGUGUGAUGACUCCUGGGGUCUCGCCGAUGCCAAUGUCGUCUGCAGACAGAGCGGCGACCAUUGCCCCGGCCUCAGGUGAUAUCUGGCUGGAUGAAGUGAAAUGCACGGGAAGUGAAUCAUUCCUGUCCCGUUGUCUGGCUUCACCGCUCGGUCAACAUGACUGUGAUCACAAGGAAGAUGUCUUUGUCACCUGUUCUGGAAUUUCAAUUUCAGAGUUGGGAAAGAAGCCGCCCUCCACGGCUGUUGUGGUUUGUACAACUCUCGGAAUCCUCCUCAUCGCUGAAUUUGUCGCACUGGUGAUAAUAGCUCGGAGGCAAUCAGCAAGAAGAGAUGCAGAGAUGAGAGGCAGGGGCUUUGGCUUUUACGAAGCAAUUUAUGAAGAGAUUGACGAUACUCUUCCUGGAAACAAGUUCAGUCAGAUGGAUGAAUCUAUCUCUGGAUCCAUUGAUUCCAUGAAUCAAAUAGAAUAUUACACCAGUGACCCUCAGGGUUGUGCUCAUUCAACAAGCGAACUCCCUGAAGGAACUUCCUCCAGUGUUCGAGAUCUAGUUCCGGAUGACCAUGACGAUCCUGAGAGUAAAGUCAUUGAUUGUCCGGGCGGUCAGUUCCCGACGGACGGUGGCGCCGAUGACCUUCUGAUGCUAACAGUUGCCGGCGGUGACGUGGACACUGGUGGCCGCCCCGGGGAUUGUCAGGCGGACCCUUCAGAAAGCGUGAAGUUGAGGCUGGUGAACGGGGGCAGUCCAUGCGCCGGGAGAGUGGAGGUGCACUACAAGGGGAACUGGGGGACUGUGUAUGAUGACCUUUGGGACCUGCAGGACGCGGCGGUGGUGUGUCGGGAGCUGGGCUGCGGCGCCGCGGUGAAAGCCCCGGGCGAUGCUCACUUUGGACCGGGGUCCGGACUCAUUUUGACGGAUGAAGUUGAAUGCAGCGGGAGCGAGGCCGCUCUGCGGGAGUGUAAAUCAUAUACAUGGGGGGACUAUGCCUAUUCACACUCCAAAGAUGCCGGCGUUAUCUGCGAAGAUCACAGAGAGCCAAGAUUGGUAUCCAAAGAUGAUCAGUGCUCGGGAAGACUGGAAGUGCAGUAUGGUGAAACCUGGGGAACCGUGUGUGACCUGGCCUGGGAUAUGGAUGAUGCCAGUGUGGUGUGCAGUCAGCUUCAUUGUGGAGUCGCCGUGUCUGUUCCGAGAGGGGCUUAUUUUGGAAAGGGAACUGGCCUUGUACGGAGCGAUGUAUUUGAAUAUGAAAUCAUGUCUCUGAGAUUGAGCAAUGGGGGCAGCCGCUGCGACGGCCGAGUGGAGGUUUACCACAAUGGUAGAUGGGGGAGAGUGCAGGAUAGCGCCUGGAACAUCAAUGAUUCCAACGUGGUCUGCAGAGAGUUGGGCUGCGGCUCCGCCAUAUUCGCCUACAACUCCUCAAGGUACGGAGAGAGUGAGCUGCCCGUGUGGGUGAACAACGUUCACUGUGAAGGAAACGAGUCGCAGCUCCGAAAUUGCAGCACAUUUACACUGAAUCAGACAUCCAGCGACAGCAUCGGUGUUGGAGUCCUGUGCUCAGACCAUCUCCAAUUACGGCUAUCUGGGGGUGGAAGUACAUGUGCUGGACGAGUGGAGAUUUAUUACAAUGGGUCUUGGGGCACAGUUUGUGAUGACUCCUGGGAACUGGACGACGCUAACGUGGUCUGCGGGCAGCUAGGUUGCGGAUAUGCUGUGGAACAUAAAAUUCCGGGAUUCUGUGGACGAAGUAAUGGCCAAAUUUGGUUGGAUGAAGUAAGGUGCUCGGGUAAAGAAUCAUACCUCUGGAACUGUUCCUCCGCACCGUGGGGUAGGCACGAUUGCAGUCAUAAGGAAGAUGUGACAGUGAAGUGUUCUGAACACAAAGAGAUGCGCCUGGUGAACGGAGGCCGGCGGUGUGAAGGGAGAGUGGAAGUGUGGUACAACGGGACAUGGGGAACAGUGUGCACCGAGAAGCUCUCUAGAGUGGAGGCGGAAGUGAUCUGUAAACAAUUAGAAUGUGGACCCCUCGAAUAUAUUGAAUAUGACGCCAGGAAAUAUGGACAAGGUUCUGGGCCCAUAUGGAUCGAUGAGAUGAAAUGUAGCUCGCACGAGUCAGCCCUUUGGCAGUGCCAGUUUGACCUGUGGGGGAAACACAACUGUAACCACAGGGAU